AUGGAUGUCUUCGCAACUAUCAUGCGUAGUUACCCGCCCGCAAUCGACUUGUACCAUAACGAGACAUGGUUGCCAGCAGAGGACGCGGAGUGGUACCAAGACGAACCGCAGAGAAGCUGUCUGCUCGCAAAGAGGACUGUUGACCGCUGCCAUCUUCUCCAGGCUUCCUGCAACCAGUCUCCGAAGGCUUGGUUCAUCGUCAUCAACUCCAUGAUGAAAGACGCGCAGAAUGCUUCCAGUCCUUUCGUAGUGAGAAGAGACCGUCUCCUUAAAUUCCAAGGCCCGACUUGUGGGAACGAUCGCCAGGCUGAUAGCUUCGGCAGAAGGAUGAAAGACCCUACUUCUGCUUUGGCUCAGAGGUUGCAACAUUGUGUGAUAUACAGCAUCCACCUGAUGGUGCAGUUAGUCAGACUUGUGGCGUACAAAUAUUAUGUCUUCGAUGAGGGAAGGGGAUCGCCCAUGUCUUUGUCUGAUGCCCGAAGCGCGAAACAGGUUCCUCUUCAAGGAGAAGCGACACCAAAACAACAACUAGACACGACGCUAGGCAUGAUGAGAGACUCUCCUUACCUGGAACAGUAUUUCGAAGCUGCCGACCAGAUCAUGACAAUCGUGCACCGCAGCAGCGAAAACCACCACAGAUUUGUCAAUCCCUUCCUUUCAAGUACCGUCUGGCUUGCCGCGGUCGCGCAGCUGAUCCACUGCGAGGUGGCUCAAACCGAAGUCGAGAAAGAUUUGGCCUAUCCAAGCUACGAAAUCCUGUAUCGCAAAUACAACAGAACCAAUCUGCUCAACAUUGGAACACGUUGA